AUGGUGGGAGGAGACUUUAAUGCCCCGAACGAAGCUUGGGGCUAUGGCUACACUACAGCCAAAGGCCGACGCCUGUGGCAGGACUUGCAUGAUGCAGAGCUGACGCAUAUUACCGAUCCCACGGCGCCAACCCGCACGGGCACAUCAACAGCACGGGAUACGACGCCGGACCUGACGGCGCAAUUCAAGUGGACGGACUGGGAUAAAUUCCGGAAGCAUCGAGCUGAACAACGAGAUGAGGAGGCCAUCGAUGACAUCGAGGUAUGGAUGGAAACCCUCAACGGCGACGUGAACAGGGCGACACAGACGGUCACGCCCGAAGUCCAGAGCAAGUCGGCCCAGCGUUCCAACUUGCAGCGCCUUUUGCACAAGGAACGGGCUACCGCGACUGAUCGACAGAUCGUGACACGCCUGCUGGACAAGUACUUCCCUCGACGAGCCGAUGUUCAGCACGGCGAUUACACUGCACCUGGUCCCGACAAGGUCACAAAUAAGACUCUACGAAACCUCGAUGAUGUAUCGAUCAGCGCUCUUACGACAUACAUCAACAAAUGCUGGAGAGAGGGUCGCCUCCCAGAGGCCUGGAAACGAUCUAAGGCAGUGCUGAUACCGAAGCCAGGCAAGCCGUCUAGCCUCGAUCACCUGCGGCCCAUUUCGCUCACCUCCUGCGUUGGCAAGGUGAUGGAGCACGCGUUCCUCACCCGUAUCAACAGCCACCUCGAGGACACUGGAGCCUACCCGCCCACUAUGGUAGGCUUCCGAUCCCACCUCUCCACACAAGACAUCAUGCUUCAGCUCUACCAUCAGAGCAUCAACGACCCAACUAGUGGCACCCGAGCCAUCCUCGGCCUGGACCUGGAAAAGGCGUUCGACAAUGUAGCACAUGCAGCAAUCUUGCGCCGAAUUAACAAGCUCAACCUGGGCGAGCGAAGCUACAACUACAUCAGAGACUUCCUGUCGCGCCGCACAGUCACCCUCACAGUUGACACCAUGACAUCCGACGAACAUACCCUAGGAAGCGCCGGCACUCCUCAAGGGUCGGUAAUAUCCCCGCUCCUUUUCAACCUCGUGAUGAUGGGUUUCCCGGUCCGCCUUGGCGAGAUUGACGGCCUCCAUCACGCCUUGUAUGCAGACGACAUCACCCUGUGGGUCGACAAGGGAAGUGACGGGCAGAUAGAAUGUACCUUACAAGCAGCAGUUUCUGAAGUAGAGGACUACCUCCGAGACACGGGCCUCCGAAUAUCGCCACUCAAAUCGGAGCUGCUAAUCUACCGCCCGCGCCGCCGGUCCAGGCCUACCGGUGAACCGCGCCAAUGUGAAUUAAUACAGUUGUAUACGCAGGACGGCUCCUGCAUUCUCCAAGUUCCGAAGAUACGGGUCCUCGGCAUGCAUAUAGCAGCCAAAGGGUCAAACGGCGAAACUAUCCGCAAGAUUGAAGGCAAGGUGACAGCAGCCACCCGCCUUAUCAAACGAAUUACAAACAAGCACACGGGGAUGAAGGAGGACAGCGUCAUGCGCCUCAUACACUCAUUCGUAAUCAGUCAUGUUACUUAUGUGGCUGCCUUCCACAACUGGACUGUCACUGAAAGGGAGAAACUCAAUACCCUUAUACGCAAGACAUACAAGAUCGCCCUCGGCCUGCCGGAGUCCACGAGUACCACUCGUCUGCUACAGCUGGGGGUGUACAACACGCUUGAGGAAAUAGCGGAUGCGCAAAGAGUCUCGCAACUCGAACGCAUGUCCCUGACAGCCACGGGUCGGUACAUCCUGCAGAAGCUUGGCCUGAAUUACCACGUCCAACACGGUCAGAACAAGCCAUUCCACACGACAUCGGCGAUACGCUAA